CCAAGGGAUCCCUGGAAAUCAGCCUCCCUUUCUUGGCCAUCCGCGGCCCUAUCGUCCUCCACGCUAGCUGUAGCAACGACUCCAUCCAUUCAUCCAUCCACUUGAACUGGACUUUCUCGACACAUGUGCUGAAACUCCCAUAAUUUCCCCCUCUCGCUCUCUCUCCUUUUCUCAAGAAACUCUCGAUAUAAACUUCUCCUCUGCCCGUCUGUUAUUCAUUCUUCAAAGUUUCGUUUUGUUCUCCCCCAACGUCAUCGGAGCCUAACCACCGGUCGAGGCGCUCCUUACCACAAUGUCGGGUCCGAAAGAUUUUGCGCCUAUGGUGCCUUGGAGCUACGACCUCAUUAUCUGGUCGUUCUCGCUUCUGGUGGACCUGUUCUUCCGUGAAGUUCACCCCCGAGGCGCAUUCAGGAUUCCCAGACGGGGCGCUGUUAUCUUCGUUGCUGCCCCGCAUGCAAACCAGUUUGUCGACCCGCUCAUUCUCAUGCGCGCCGUGCGGCUCGAAGCGCGCCGUCGCCUCGCCAUUCUUGUCGCCGAGAAAUCCAUGCGCCGCAAGUUCAUCGGAUGGCUGUCGCGCCGCGUCGGAGCGGUGCCCGUGGCCCGCGCACAGGACAUGACGUCGCCCGGAACGGGGCGCAUCUACUUGCUGAACCGUGAGGAUCUCUUGACCAUCCGCGGUGUCGGUACCAAGUUCACCGAAGAGUGUAUGGUUGGCGGACUGUUGGUCCUGCCGUCGGUGGGUGGGCGGAGUGCCGCCAGCUCUGAGAUUGCCGAGAUUCUGAACGAUGAGGAGAUCGUCCUGAAGAAGGAGUUUAAGGCGUCGAGUGCCAUGGCACAGUUGACGGCGAAAACGAAGGAGGGAUUGGGCACUAAGUUCAAGAAGGCGCCCAAGGUGGAUCAGACCAUGGUUUACGAUGCGGUGUUUGAGAGGUUGAACUCGGGCGGAUGUGUCGGUAUCUUUCCCGAGGGGGGUAGUCACGACAGAACGGAGCUGCUGCCUUUGAAGGCUGGUGUCGCUAUCAUGGCGCUUGGAGCCCUCGCCGCGAACCCGGAUUGCGACCUGAAGAUUGUCCCUGCGGGCAUGAACUACUUCCAUGCGCACAAGUUCCGGUCGAGGGCUGUGAUUGAGUUCGGCAAUCCGAUUGAAGUCCCGAAGGAGCUGGUGGAGAUGUACCGGGGUGGUGAAAAGAGGGAAGCUGUUAGAGCCUUGCUUGAGCUCAUCUACAAUGGAUUGCUUGCCGUCACCGUUACUUCUCCCGAUUAUGACACCUUGAUGGUUAUCCAAGCUGCACGCAGGCUAUACAAGCCGACACAGAAGAAGCUCCCGCUUCCGGCAGUGGUGGAGCUGAACCGUCGCCUAGUAAACGGAUACGUACACUACAAGGACGACCUCCGGGUGGUGAACUUGCGCAAAUCCGUCUCGGAAUACAACCGUCAACUGCGCCUGCUCGGCCUUAGGGAUCACCAAGUGGAGUACGCCAAAUUCUCCAUCGUCAAGGUUAUCUGGACCCUGGUGUACCGCGUCUUCAAACUUGUCAUCCUCGGCAUUGGGGCGCUGCCUGGAUUCAUACUUUUCCUCCCGGUCUUCAUUGCCACAAAGAUCAUCUCGAUCCAAAAGGCUAAGGAGGCGCUUAAGGGAUCCACCGUGAAGAUCCAGGGACGAGAUGUGAUGGCUACGUGGAAGCUGCUGGUGUCUCUGGCAUUCGCGCCCCUCUGCUAUAACUUUUACGUCGUUCUCUUUUGCUGGUGGACAGCCAAGCACCGGUUCUACGGACUGAUGCCGGACUGGGUUCCCACCAUUGGCGUUGCCAUCGUCGGAUGGAUUCUGUUCCCCACUAUCACCUUUGCCGCUUUGCGGUUCGGCGAGAUCGGAAUGGACAUCGCCAAGUCACUACGUCCCCUCAUCCUGUCGUUGAACCCCACCAGCGCCAACACCCUCGUCAAGCUACGCGAGAAGCGCGCGCAGCUUUCCGCGGACGUGACGGAUCUCAUCAACUCCCUCGGACCCGAGUUGUACCCCGAUUUCGAGUCCGGCCGUGUUGUCGCAGAUCCCUUCGCUCGCAAUCCCACUGACGGUUUGCCGUCGAUCACAUUCCAGCGUCGGGAUUCCGAUGUUUCCUCCGACGGCGGCCAUGGCGAUGGUCCGGUCAAGCACAACAUUCCGCGGAGCGAGUCGUUUGCGAACCUUGGAAACAUUGGCUUGUUCGCCAGUCGGCCGGCCUCGCGCGCUAGAUCGAGGACGAACAGUGGUGGGUUCUCGAUCAAGGCGCUCAGUGGUAUGGAAGGAAUCUCCACCCAGGCCGGCUUCGAAACUGUCUCCAAGAGGAUUGCGGAUGCGAUGAAGGAGCGCAGACGGAGACGGCUCUCGGAGGAGGGCAAGGACUGGGAGGAGGAAGCGGUCGAGGCUGAGGACGACACCGAAAUUUGUGACGAUGACGACGAGGAUAAAAAGCGCAUUUGAUCUCGCUCUUUUCUGAUGGGUUCAAUUAGGGCUUCUUUUUUUUUCUUUUUAUCUUCUGGGGAAUAUUAUUUUGUACUCCACUUCUCCCCCUUAAUGCUCUCUAAAAACCCACUGGUUGGAUGGAUACUGACAUUUGGUUUUUACUCCCCUUUUUUACUUUCUUUGUUUUCAUAAUGCCUUUGUCUUCAUUUUUCCUGAUCAUCUGCACCUUGCGGAGGAGUUGAUGGGUGGGAUCAGGUGGUAGGGCGGUGUGGGCGGUGUUUACGGGCUGAAACUGGAAAUAAAAACUUGGGGUCGGGUUAUGUAUAAUUUACUGUAUAUGAGCUCAUCUACGUGAAGG